AAACACAAAGUGGCACAGUUUUUCUGCAGCUCCUGUGUGAGACACUGAGUUGAGUCUCUACGGUUCUCAUGGUGUGUUUAAGUUCCUCUCUUCGCUGGGAUUUCUCUAUCCGUCUCAUCAGACUAGCACCGAGAAUCCUCCUGACAGCAUCAUGGCAACAGAAGAAGCUCCCACUGAAGUCGCCGUCGCCGCCGCCCCGGCAAAGGCACCGGCAAAGGCACCAGCAAAGGCACCAGCCAAGUCCCCGAAGAAGAAGGCAGCCAAGCCGGCCAAGAAGGUAGGUCCCGGAGCCGGAGAGCUCAUCUUGAAGGCGGUCACCGCCUCCAAGGACCGUAAAGGGAUCUCUUUCAUCGCUCUGAAGAAGGCGCUGGCCGCUCAGGGCUACGAAAACACCGCUCACAUUAAACGCGCCGUGAAGAGGUUACUCGAGAAUGGAGCCCUGGUGCAGGUCAAGGGAACCGGUGCCAGCGGCUCCUUCAAGGCAGCCAAGGCCGCCGAGAAGCCCAAGAAGGUAGCGAAGAAGCCCGCAGCCAAAGCCAAGAAGCCGGCAGCAGCAGCAGCGAAGAAACCCGCCGCUAAGAAGCCAGCCGCCAAGAAGGCAGUGACACCCAAGAAGGCGAAGAAGCCUGCUACUGCUGCUAAGAAAACCCCCGUGAAGAAGAUCACAAAGAGCCCGAAGAAGGUGGCGGCCAAGAAGGCAGCACCCAAGAAGGCAGCGACCCCCAAGAAGGCAGCAACCCCCAAGAAAGCUGUGAAGAAGGUGGUUAAACCAGCUGCCAAACCAGUGAAGAAGGCACCAGCCAGGAAAGCAUCGAGGAAGUAAACGGAUGAUCUACUUCAUCUCCAAAAGGCUCUUUUAAGAGCCACCCACAUACACCAAAAGAGCACUUUUCCUGUUUUAAUAUUAUAAUUUUACACUAAUAUACAUACUUACAUACUACAUGUGUAACACUAGAGCACAUUGUGUUUAUCUAGUUUAUUAGAACUGAAUUAACUACUAUAAAUAUGACUUGUUACCUGGAAUGCCACAUCAUUCAGAUUGUACUCUUUCCUUUUACAAUACAUGUUAUUAGGUUGCUAUAUUGGCUACUACUACUUCACCUACUCCUUUGAAAGCCACCUAAACAUACCAAAAGACAACUUUCCCCAUAUACUUAAUAGUGUACGAAUGCAACUCAAGAUUCUAAAAUAUUAUCCCUUACAUGCAUUGUUUAAAAGUACAUAAUAACAUAUUGUAUUAUAUUGUGUCUGUACUACUUAUUGAUUUACGGAGCUCCUUCUCCAACAGACUGCUCCAGCUCCCCUGUCACAAGGACAUAAGAACAGCAGUAACCCGUUACAGAAGGCUCCCUCUCAGCUAACUCGCACAUCUGUACUUUAUAUACUAUCCUAUGCAUAUAUGUCAACUAUAUGUAAACAUUUUAAUCCAUCCACUACAUUCAAAUUUUUGAAUCAUUUGUCAUUAUGUAUUUUCUACGGUAGAUAUAUUUAUAUUUGCUUA